AUGUUCCAACUUGGGAGCCUUGUUGUCUUGUGUGGCCUGCUCAUUGGGACCUCAGAAUCACUUCUUGGUAAUCUUGGCAAUGCUGUGAGCAAUUUGAACGUUCUGGAUACUGUCUCAGAUGUCCCUCAGAACCUGAAUCUGGAUGUGGAGUCACUUCAGCAAGCCACAAGUUUGACAUCAGUCAAGGACAACAUUCUAGCACCAUUGAACAAUAUUAACCUUGGAAAUUUAAAUCAGCUUACAUCUUUGAAUGGUUUAUUGUUGAAAGUCAAUAAGCUCAAAGUCCUGGAUAUUCAAGCUGAGCUGUCCUCCGAUGGCAAAGGCGUUGACCUGAAGCUGCCCCUGGUUGUGGACAUCUCCGUGGUUCUGCCUGUUGUUGGCAAGACAGCCGACUUGGCUGUUUCCUUGGACCUCAUAAAUUCACUCGGUGUUCAAGUCAAUGCCCAGACUGGCCUUCCCGAAGUGACCGUAGGAAAAUGCUCCAGUAAUUCAGACAAAAUCUCCAUUUCCUUGUUGGGCAGACGAUUUUUCUUCAUCAACAGUAUUCUGGAUAGUAUAUCUUCCCUCCUUACAAGUACAGUGUCAACCUUGGUACAAAACAUUCUAUGUCCGACGCUCCAGCACAUCGUCAGAAAUCUGAAUGCAGGUGUUAUUCAGGGUCUCCUCUCUAAUCUGACAGGACAGUUGCCAGUUUCCAUCUGA